AUGUCUUCAAAGGAUAGGGUUCCAAGAAUUGUAUUAGAUAGUUCAUACUUUCAUGAUAUAAGAAAUACGAUUGGGUCAAAGCCUGUUGCUUGGGAAGCUUUAAUAAGGGUAGCUGAUUUAAAUGAAGAAGAUGCAAAUAUAGCCAAAGAACUUGAUGCUGUAUUGAUCAAACAUAGUACGUUUGUUACAGGUAAUGAAUUGUCCAUUGAAGAUUCGGUUGCUUCAUUGUUGAAUCUUUUGGUAACCUGUUCAAAUCAAGAUGCGAAAAGAGCUGUCAUUAACUUGAUAGUUGAAUUGUUGACAAAUAGUAAAUUUUGUGAGGAGACUGUAAGAUAUUUUCAGAAGCGGCCAGAAGCUGUUGGGAUGGUCUACGAGAGUACAUUGGGUAGUUAUAAUUUGGAUGAACAGGCAGUUUUGGUUUCUGUUUUUAUGGUAGUAUCUCUAUUGAUUCAGGACGGGUUACACCAGGAGGCAUUGGUCGAGAAACUAAUGCGCAGUGAGUUAUUUCUUGGUAUUUUAAGGAACGAAUCGCGACUUGAUACGUGUUAUAUCGGGCUCAGAUUGUUGCAAGAAUUGACAUCUGUUAAGCAGUAUAGACAUGUUAUUUGGAAGCAGAACUUUGAAUUUAUGCCCACGCUUUUCCAGCUUAUCGACAACGCCUUAGACGCGAAGUCUCCUACUCGCGUGGCAACCCCUAACAGUAAUAAUGUUGGUAUUCAGUCACAGUACUAUUCAUUGUUAAUUAUUUGGUUGCUAACGUUUGAACCUGCAAUUGCAUCGGAUUUAACCCGUAGCUACUUGACCGAAUUCUUAAAAUUAUUGAAGUUGGUCAAGAUAACCAUUAAAGAAAAGAUUACGCGAUCUUCAAUUGCAAUCAUAUUGAACUGUGUUGAUCCCCAGGUAAAGGGCCACAAGACUGUUAUCAAGAACAUAUUACUCUUGGGCUCCGGUCUCUCUAUUUUCCAGCAGUUGGGCGAACGUAAGUACAGUGAUGAUGAGUUGAGAGAAGAUCUAGCAAAGUUACGUGGCAUUUUGGAGUCUGAAUACCAGGAAUUGACUUCUUUCGAUGAAUACGUUGCGGAGUUGGACUCAAAGCUAUUGAUGUGGUCUCCACCCCACAUCGACAACUCUUUCUGGUCUGAGAACUGCCACCGGUUUAAAGAAGAUAACUGGAAGCUUUUCAAACAAUUGUUAGAGGUUCUAAAGGACUACGAUAUGUCCCAAGACUCCAAGCAUAACGUUGCCGUACAGGUCGCGCUAAACGAUAUUACGCAUAUAGUAGAAUUAGAGCCCGAAUGCGUUGACGUAUUGGGCAAGUUAAACGCCAAGGUUAUUAUCAUGGAAUUAUUGAACCAUCCGGAUUCGAAAGUCAAAUACGAAGCAUUGAAAGCCACACAAGCCUUUGUUGCCAACACCUUUAAAUGA